GAUAGAGAGAGAAGCAGACAGAGACAGACAAGCAGACAGAGAGGUAGACAGAUAGAAAGACAAACAGACAGACAAGCAGACAGAAAGAGAGAGAGCUAAGCAGACAGAUUUGCAGACAGAUAGACAGGUCUUAUUCAGAGAUUGUUUGUGUUUGGGGUUUUGGUCUGCUGCUCGGCUCGAUGGGGAACUGUCUCUCCUCUCAGAGUGCUGAUGAUCUGUCCCUGCUUAAUGAGGCUGAGGGAGCGAGUCUUCCUGGAGAACCUCCACCUCCCUAUCAGGAGCGUGUGCAGGAGCCCGUGUACCACCCCACGCCCAGUCAGACCCGACUGGCCACGCAGCUGACGGAGGAAGAGCAGGUACGGAUCGCUCAGCGCAUCGGCCUCAUCCAGCACCUCCCUCGUGGCAUCUUCAACCCGUCCGACAAGAAGAUCAAAGAGUGUGUGAUCUGUAUGCUGGACUUCGAGUACGGAGACCCGAUCCGGUUCCUGCCGUGCAUGCACAUCUACCACAUGGACUGUAUCGACGCUUGGCUCAUGCGCUCCUUCACCUGCCCCUCCUGCAUGGAGCCGGUGGACGCCGCGUUGCUGUCCUCCUACGAGACCAACUGAGCCUCUGAGCCACGCCAGCACGGGGGAACAUGCCAGUCGAGUCAGCCGGAGGGUCACGAUGGGGGGAGGGAGGUGUGUGUGUGUGUGUGUGAAAAGAAAUGAUUUAAAUGUUGGUUAGAGGAUAUAUAUAUAUAUAUAUAUAGAAGCUGAUCAGACUGGUUUAAGGACGUAUAUUGGUACACUGGUCAGAUCAUUACAUUCAAACGUGGUCGAUGAAAAGCGAUCACGUGCUCAGCCGAUUUUUCUUUCCCACCGUGCAGUCCACCCGAGGAAGAAUUAGCCUCUGGAGUUCCUCGUGAAGACUGUGCUCGAGCGGCCGUGAAUAUCCUGCUGAAGCACAGCUCUCUAUAAUUAGAGACAAACGGCAGAAGCGAAUGUGCCAUGUGACAUGUCAGUCUAAUAUAUAUUGCACUUAGAUCUGCUUUCUUUUUGUUUUUUUUUGUUUUUUUUUUUUAUCCAUUUUCCAGGAGCAGCACGGAUUCAGGUUUUCCUCAAUCCGCUCUAAAGCACCUUGUUACACUCUACAGAUUAAAAACUACUCAAAAUGCGUUAUCGUUACGGAUUUGUUUAAAAAAAAAAAAGUUUGUACUUUGUAUAAUAUACUUCCUGCGUUUAUUCUCAUCCUAUAACGUCUUCGAUCUGGUGAGAAAACUGUGAUAUAAAAUAUCAUCGUGCAGUCCUGUUCAUUCUAUGCCAUUCCAAUUUUCCCACCCUGAAAUGAGCUCCACCCACAUCUGGAACAGCUCAGCUAUUAAAAAAAAAUUGUUCAAAACUCGUGAGGUGGAAUUGGUUAAGGAAAUUAAUAAGCGUGUUACUUAUUUUUUGUUUGUUUGUUUAUUGUUAUCGCGCAGUUCACCUUACGUGCAGCAGGGGGCGCAUGUAAACUUGCACCUUUAACCGAACCGUCAUGAAAAACGUUACAUAAAUCAUGAUGUAUAUAGCACCUUAUUGUGUCAGGCGUUGCCAGAUUGGGCAAGAUCCCCCUUCCAAUCAAGUUUACGCCUAUUUUUUAAAUUUUUUUAAAGCAAAAAAUGUCUUGUUCUUGUUUUUUUUUGUCUCCAGCUUUCCGGUUCGUCCUCGCUGGGGAUGUUUGUAGAAAAAAUACGCCGUCAUGUACUUUUGCAGAUAAACCUAUAAGGCGGCGUAAUGUAUUACCUAACGAUGUACGUUUAGUUACGUCAUGGAACUGCUGCUGUUUUCUUCGCUCUCACGUUGCUAUGUGUCGUUUAUUGCGACUCGGAAUUUCACAUCAGCGAAAAAAAAAAAAAAGUCGCAUCUCUACUCUGUAACUUUUUUCUACUAUUUUCUGCCUUACACAUUACGUACUGUACAUGUAGCUCUUAAUCCACCUGGCUGUGAACUUUCACCUCAUGUUUUUUCACUGUGUGUGUGUGUGUGUGUGUGCUUGAAUGUUACACUAAGAGAGAUGUUUGGAUGAUACAGUCAUCUCUGUGCACCUUUUGAAUUUCGAGAGAGCUGAAGCUUUUUAAGACACGUGCGCUCAAAGUUUUGUAGUUUUCCUUCUACGCUCACGUGUUCAGGCUGAAAGGAAUCCGGUUUGUUGGAUCUAAUCUGUGAUUUAUAUAAGCACUAACAUCUACAGGACUUCAACUACAUACCACGGAUUCACAUAUUUGAUUUACUGCUUUCCUUCUCUGUAAUAACAAGGUCUCUAUUUUAUAUCUUCAAUAUUUUAAUCAUUAUAUGUUAUUGAUCGCAAGUAAGCAAACAUCCUUCUAUAGCACCAUUGUGAUCCUUCAUCUCAGACUGAAGAAGCAUUGUGUUCAAGAUCUGAAUCGAUUGAUCAUCUCGUUUAACAUUUCCUUUAGAUAUUUUGAUUCUGAACAUCUCAUUCCAUAUUAAGUCCCCAGUUGCCCUUAUAAUGACCUCCACUCUUCUGGAAACAUAGCAGGAGAUCUUUCACUCUAACCCCAUGUAAAGUAUCUUCAUGGAGCUGGCUUUGUGCAGGAGCAGCAUUGCCAUGCUGGAACAGAUUUGGCUCUCAAGCGAAGGAAAAUUGUAUGCCACAGCAUUCAGACACAUAAUAAACAAUUGUGUGAAGAACCACAUACAGCUGGAGAAGUCAGGGGUCCCAAUCAUUUUUUCCCAUAUAGUCUAGAUUUGAUAAAGUUGUCCCUGGAGGAAACAAAAAUUUAUUUUGGGGUAAAAUCUAGGAUUUCUCUGAGAUAUGCGAUUGUUGUGAUUUUCGAUCAAUUGAGUUGUUGUUUUGUUUUUUUUCCCCCCCUGAGACGUCAGAGUUUAAAUUGGUGUUGGAACAACAAAUCAUUGUUCUCUUGGUUUGUUAUGUCUGGAAUUGUAUUUUUAAAACUCGAAUAAUUGUUAUCUGUGAAAAAAUAAUUGGUUCUUCUGAGAUCUCAGAUACUUUGUCUGUUAUGUCAGGGAAUAUUUGGGUAUUUUUACGAUCUCGGAUUGACGUCGUCGUUUCAGGAAAAUAAUGUUGGUCAAGAUCUUUAAACGUUGUGAUAGUGAACAAGGAAAACGCAAUGUUUUCAUUCAGGAUUGAAUUCGGGAUCGUAGACUGUCCGAGCUUUAAGAUCUCCGUCUCUGGUAAACGGUAUUUAGUUCUCAGAUCUCCAAGUGCCAUCAUGUCGUCUCAGGAUGUUGAUUUUUGUCUUUUUUUCUUUCCCCAUUUGCUUCUUUUUCGAGAUUGUUAUCCCGGAGUCGAAUUUGGUCAUUCAGUAACUUUAAGGUUGUCGUCCUCUCCAUCCGUGUGGUUGUUUAAAGAUCUCAGAUUGCUGUUUGAGAUGAUUUAGAUCUGAAACAUAUCAGAAAAAUUUGGGUUUUAGUUUCAGAUUCUCAAUCCUGGGAAAACCAGAGACCAUGUAGAUCUUGUAAUUAAAUAAAGUCAUGACCUUGUUAGUGCUGGAGAAGUGAGUAAGUAAAACGUGAAUCUAUUAGGGCUUGUAAUAGUAAAGUGUUGAUCGAACGAUUAAGAAAUUGUCUGGUUGUAAAGCCGAUUAUGUUUCGAAAUGUAGCUCUAAUAUCGACUUUUCUUUUUCUUUUCUUUUUUUCAAUAGAAAAUAGUGACCUAAUGAACUUGUGUGAAGUACAAUCAUCUUAGUUUUUUUUUCUUGAACUGGAUACAUGACAUGGUUUGAUGCCAAGUUUGCUUCAGUAAUAUGUAGUACUGAAUCUGGGCUGCUAGGGUGUGUGUGUGUGUGUGUGUGUGUUUGUAAACAUGAGGAUGAUGAAUGAUGAUGAUGAAUAUAAAAGUAAAUAAAUUGCAAUUCUUCCACAAAUCCAAGUUUUAG